GAAAUAUUGUAGAUAAAUUAGAGAAUGCACAUUGGAUUUUGAGUGAUUUGUCAAUAUUACAAACUGUUCAAAAUCAAACUGAAAUGGACAAAUUAAUCGUUCAAAAUAAUCAAAGAAAUAAUGAACGACGGCAAAAUCAACAACGAACAAAAAUCCAAAGUCGUCAAAAAGAUCAACAACGACAAGAUCAGCCAAAAACUCGAGGGAGUCAAAAACAACAACAAAGGUCACAGGCUCAAGAUCUUGAUGAUCCAGAAUUUUUGGUUGCCGAUGAUAAUCAACAAUCCAAAGCUCAAGGUCAUCACCAAGAGAAUCAACAACGACAAGAUCAGUCAAAAAUUCAAAGGAACCAAAAACAACAACAAAAGUCACAGGAUCAAGAUCAUCAGCAACCAGAAACUCCAGAUCAUCAAGAUAAUCAACAAUCCGAGGCUCAAUGUCAUCACCAAAAGGAUCAACAACGACAAGAUCAGCCAAGAACUCAAAGAAACCGAAAACAACAACAAAAAUCACGAGUUCAAUAUCAACAACCAAAAGCUCUAGAUUAUCAGAAUAAUCAACAUCAACAACCAAAAACUCAAGAUCAUCAUCAAAAGGAUAAACAACGACAGGAAAAAUCAACAACUCAAAAUAAUCUGAGAGAACAACAACCAAAAAAUCAAAGAUCAAAUAAAACUAUUAUCAAAAGUAAUAAUUCAUAUAAUGGAAAACGCACUGCCAACGUCAUCAACAACAAUUUAGAUAGACCAUCAAUGUCACAAUCCACCAAUAAAAGUGCUAAAAUUUAUGAAAUUCCCGAUCCAAGUUUACUGCCACAACAACAAAGAUCAUUACCAUAUCCUACGAUUGAAACUUUUUAUUCUAAAAAAAGAAAAUACAAGAAAUUAGAAAUUAGCAGCGAUGAAGAGUAUAAUAAUGUCGAAGAAAAGAUUUUAUCCGCUUCAAAUUCAUCAUUGCUCCCAGUAUCACAAGGAUCACCUCCAUUACAUCCUUCGAUGCAACAAAUGUUGCCAUUAGCACCUUCAUCACCAUUUACAAUCUCAUCGCCGGAAUCAUCGUCCAGUUGUCUAUCACAGCUGUCCAAUGAAGAUUUUGAUUACAUUAUCAGUCAACAACGAUCUUCAAUAUCAAUUUCUUUUCAAUCUUCUAGCUCUAGUCAAGUUGUUAAAGAUCAUAAUGGCAAUGAUAUCUUGGUAGUAAAUAGUCAAGUAGAAAAGCGACCAUUGUCACAAAAUGAAUCAGACAUUAAUACCAAAUAUGUUCAAAAGAAGAAGAAGAUAAGCCAAAAAACUGUCGAGUUUUAA